CCAGGACAGUUGUAUUUUCAUCGGUUCUUCAAUUUCGCUGCUUAGUCCCUCCUUGAGGAGAUAAGACAUGCCCGAGUCGGAAGCAAACGACGAGUUCAACGAUGAUGGUUUCAUUGUUGACAUUGAUAGUAUUCAAGCUCACGGAAUUGGGGCUGCGGAUAUUACAAAACUGAAGGCGAAUGGCUACUAUACCGUUGCUUCUGUCCACGGUGCCACGCGCAAAACUCUCUUGAAAAUCAAGGGAUUCAGUGAGAUCAAGGUAGAGAAGGUCAAAGAAGCAGUUCAGAAAUGCCUGCCGUCCGCUUCUGGGUUCAUUACUGCUAUGGAAUUGUGCCAUCAGCGAAAGAGAGUAGUGCGAAUUUCGACUGGAAGCAAGCAAUUCGAUUCCAUUCUUGGAGGUGGAUUCCAGAGUAUGAGCAUUAGUGAGGUCUUCGGCGAGUUUCGUUGCGGUAAAACACAGCUGUCGCACACUAUGUCCGUUAUUGCGCAGUUGCCUAGAGAGAUGGGCGGGGCAGAUGGCAAGGUCGCCUACAUUGACACUGAAGGCACCUUUCGACCAGAACGUAUUGCCCAGAUAGCGGAACGCUUUGGCGUUGACCCUGAGUCUGCCCAGGAGAAUAUUGCCUAUGCUCGGGCUCUCAACAGUGAGCACCAGCUUGAACUCCUGAAUACACUCACGAGAGAGUUCGCUGGAGGUGAGUAUAGACUGUUGGUCAUCGACAGUAUUAUGAACUGCUUCCGUGUCGAUUACUGUGGGCGCGGAGAACUUGCGGACCGCCAGCAGAAACUAAAUCAAUUUCUGAUGAAGCUGGCGCACAUGGCUGAAGGUAAGAGAAAGAAAUAUCCUUCAAUUGACUUCGAAGGCUGAUGCCAGUACUCUGCCCUUACAGAAUUCAAUGUCUGCGUUUUAAUGGUGAGGCCCCUAUUAUAUGUUAGCUCUUCGCGAGUACACAUUCUCAUGCACAUAUGUCUCACAGACAAACCAAGUCCAAAGCGACCCUGGAGCAGCUCUGUUUGCGGGCGCAGAUGGUCGCAAGCCUGUCGGUGGACAUGUUCUUGCGCACGCAUCCACGACUCGUGUUCUGCUUCGAAAGGGUCGUGGUGAUGAGCGUGUGGCAAAGAUUCAAGAUUCGCCGGGUUAGUCCACACUGCCCAUAACUAUUGUAAAUACUGACCCUCUGAUAACUCCUUCAGACUGCCCAGAACGUGAGGCGACAUACGUGAUCACCAAUGGUGGGAUCAAUGAUCCUGACAAGAUCUAGGUGGAUAGGUUGAAAUGGGAAGCUAAGUCCAGCGAUAAUAAUUCAAAAUGCGGGUUAUUUAGGAGCGCCUUCAAUGCAUCUACAAAAGCCACAAAUUUGCUGUCAUGUUUGAGUGAUUUGAGAAAUGUCAUCCAUGUUCACGGUUGCUGUUCGAAGCGUUAGUUCUGUCUAAUAUUCAUGGGCGUUCGGCG